AUGUUCAAAAACCUGAAAAGUCGGCUUCAGGAUGAAGCCAACAGGCUCAAGGACAAUUUACAGGUAUGAAUUUUGAUUCUUUAUCUUCUAUUCAGUCUUUAGGUACUUGGAGAUGGAGUUACAAUGCCAGCAACCACAUCAAUCCCACCCGAUGCGGUGUCGUUAGAUGAUGUAAGCUUAUAUAACGACAUUUUAUACCUGAAAACCGAUCAAACUGGCUGAAAAAAAAUUAAACCUAAAUCUUCAGACCAGUGAUAACGAAUCCGUGACCUCGAGUCAUUUGGAAACGCCAGAAAAUAAGGAGAAAAUCCGUCAAAUUGAACAAAAAUUGGCCAGAGAAUGGAAGGCCAGAUUGGACAAAUGCGAGUCGGAUUGGUCACAAAGAGCCGAUAAAAUACGCGAAGAACUUACAAUAAAACUUGCCGAGCAUAAGCAAAAGAGUCAUGAGGCUCUGGAGCAGAAAGAUGUUGAGCUUUGCCAGUGGAUCGCCAAGUAUCAUGAAGCAAAUAAAAGGUCCGAGGAUGGGAAAACCAAGGUUGGCGAGGUGAGUAAUUUUGUAUUACAGUUCUUUUCGGUUUUUAGAGGUGACAUGGACAACAAUUUUUGCCAAAAUUCUUGGAAUUUUUUGACUUUCCAAAAAAUUUGCAUAGAUUUGUGAUUUUUUCUAAAAAAUCCGUCAUUUUAAUCGUAAUUUUGUUAAAAAUAUGCUAAUUUUUCUUUGAAAUUUUUGAGAAAGGGAUGGGAUUUGAAAAACGUGGAAAUUGAUCAGUUUUUUGUCCAAAACUUUGAUGAAAUCUGGUCAGCUUUGAUGCCCAUCCAUCCCUUCGACUGCUGUCGGCCUAGACGGAAAUCCGCUGGUUUUACUAUUGACAGUGUAAAUUAUCGUAUUUUUGCCUGAUGACUUCAUAUCUCGCUACUUUUUAUUCCUUUUUGAAAUUUUUAUGAUGUUUAUUAUCUAAACUAUAUUAUUUUAGCCUAAAAAGCCCGAAUCUGACGCCCAAUUGGAGCAGAUCCGAAAGGAAAACGAAAAGCUUCAAGAAGAGCUGAAAAAACUCAACGCUGAUCUUGCCGAAACCGAGAAACAACGAAACGAUUUGUUGGCCGAAGCAAAGAGACUCAAAGAAGAGAAGGAAAAGCUCGAAAAACAAGUGGCUAGUCCAGAGAAAAGUCCCGAAACAGAAGUGACCCAGGUCAAGGAGAAGCUAGAGAAGUGUAAACGGUUGCUCAAGGAGACUCACGAAGCCAAGAAGAGCUUCGAAGCCGAUCUUUCGAAGGCCAAGGAGAUGGCCAAUCGAAUUUUGGUAAAGUUACCGAAGGAAGAUGGCGAUGAUAACGAGGAAUUGGACCUGAUGGACGCCUUGAUCACGUUGGAGAUUGGUCAAGACAGCUUGGUCAAGGAAAAGGAGGUAAUUUUGGAUAUUAAUUUACAGGGUACGGCAAUUUUUCGGCCGGAUUUUAUUUGGCCAUAACUUUUUUAGUUUUUGGGCAAAUGUUAAAAUUCUUUUUUUCCCUGAAUCCAUAGACAACCCCAUUUUGUUUAAUACCAAAUAUGUUAUACCCGUUCAUUAGACUACAGCAAAAAUUCGAGACAAAGAAAAAGCCUAAUUUUCAUAGCUGACAAUGGAAUUACCCCCAGUGCGACUCUCAGAUUUUCUUUGAAUUUUGCACAUGGGCCGGACAUAGGCCACACAUCAAUUCCUGAAAGUUUCAGCCCGCACCUUUCAGGGGCGACCAAGAUAUUCAACGAUUCUUUGCAGUCAGGAGGGCACAUGAGUGGUCACACAGAGAAACUUUUUGGCUAUAUCUUCGCUAGUUUUGUGCGGAGAUAGCUGCUUUUUUGUGGAAACGGUAUUCUGUAUGGCAUGAACAGGCAUGAAACUUUUUACGACAAAAUUCGUAAAAAAAAGUAUUUUUUCUGACGAUUUUCACACACGCCAUCACGCCGAAAAAGCAGAGAAAACGACCGAAAGGCCAAUAACUAUGAACUAGGUCCCUGCAUAUAUAACAUAUUUGGUAUUACACAAAAUGGGGUUGUCUGAGGAUUCAGGGAAAAAAAGAAUUUUAACAUUCGGAUAAAAACUAAAAAAGUUAUAGCCAAUUCAAAUCCGGCCGAAAAAUUGUCGCACCCUGUAUAUUAUCCAUGAUGAAAUUUUGUGAUUUUUUGUGCGUUUUGACAAUAAUUUAUAUUGUUCUUGAUAACGAAAGGCUAUAUUUAAUGUUUUCUUGCAGAAAUACCAAUCAGAAGCCGAGAAUCAGUCGAAAGAAAUCAAUUCUCUCAAAUCCCAGAUUGAACAAAAGUCAGAACAGAUGAAAGAACGCGUAGAACAACUCCAGAAAGCCUUGGAAGAAGCCACAAACAACCGAUCAAAUGUAAUGGAGACUGUGGAUCGGGCAACGGCGCAAUUGGAUACACUUGGAGUGAAAAAUGAAGAACUACAGAAACAAAUUGACCUGAAAAACGAAGAAAUCAGGGAAAUCCAACGAGAACAGCUAAAAUAUCAAGAGGAAAUCAAGGUGGGAAGAAGAAAAUAGACUGAAGAUCGUAUUUUAGGCAUUGACAGAGAAGAAUGAAGCGAUUAUAAAGGAGUUUGAGGCCAAAGAAGAAGAUCUCCGACAUCAGAUUGAGGAGAAGGAGAAGAUUGUCCAAGAAAAGGAGGAAAAACUCAAAGCCGUUGUUGAAAAAACACAGGUAGGCAUUGAUAAAGAGUUGUGGGAGAUCUGGACAGAAAAAAUAUUGUUCUAGGCCAUGUCUAGAAAAGGUGUCAUCAUGAUCAAAUUCCUAGUCUAAAAUAUUUUAUUUUUGUGUCUAAAAAGUGGAUUUGAUCAGCUUUUGAUUAGAGAAGGAACGAAUAUGGUGUUUUUUAUCGUUUCAUGCAAGAAUUUGCUAGUCAUGAUGACGCAUUUUAUGGAGAUUUUUCGAGAAAUUUUUUUCGAGAGAGUUUUCCAAAAGAUGUCGGAAAGAUGGCCAAUUUUGGGUAGUUUUCGAGUGGGAAUCAGUGAAGUUGUUGGCAAUCCAAGGUUCAACAACAAUUUUGUUAACUUUCAGACGAAGAUUCAGGUAUAUUUUAUAUUACUUUAGGUGGUUUUGGAAGUUUUUUGAAUCAUUUUUUGAUUUCAGGCUGUUCACGCUGAAAAUGUCCGGUUGGAGAAGAAAUUGGCAUUGACAGAAGACGAACUCCUCAAGCACAGCGAAAGUAACGUGACAAGCCCCGCCCCACCAAGCGAAGUCCCAUCGGAAAUCCUCAGCGAACUCGAAGAAAGAAAAUUGGAACUGGAUGAGAGAAAAUUGGAGGUUGAAGAGAGAAAAAGAGAGCUUCUGGAGAGAACGAAUGAGCUGGAAGAGGCUAGAAAUGAGCUGAAGAAGUUCAGAGAAGUGAAUGAAGAAUUUGAAAUCAAAAAUCAGCACCUCCAGAACGAAUUGACCGAAAUUCAGAGGAAAUUUGAAGAACAACAGAGGAGUUUGAAGGCCCUGGAAGAAGAGAAAUGGGUGGAAAAUGCGGAAAAAGAGGAGAUCAAGACCAAAAUUGAACAUGCACAAGAGGUGGAGAAGAAAGUCAAAAACAUCGAGGAGAUCAUGAACAAUAUAACGGAACAGAAAACUAGGUUGGAGAAGGAGAAUGAGGAACUCAGAGAGAAGAUUAGAGCCAUUGAAGGGGAAAGUGAACAGAAAUUGCUCGAAUUGGAAGAUAUUCAGAGGACCUUGGAGGCUGAAAUUGAUAAAAUUAGACAGGAAAAGAGUGGAAAAGAUAAUGAACAAGGUGAAUUGGCCGAAAAAGUGAAGAAUCUCGAGCUGGAAAAACAAGAAUUGGCCCAGAAAAUUGUAAAUUACGAAGAAAAUCGAGGGAAAUUGGAGAAUUUGAACGAAAAAUUGACGAAAUUGGAAGAAGAAUUGAGGCUGAGCGAAAAUGAGAAGGCCAGAUUCGGAGCAGAUGCAGAAGACACUCGAUUACAUCUUCAGGAAGUGAGAAAUGAACUCAAGAAUGAAGAGAAAGUGAAAAAAGACCUGGAAAACAAGCUGGAAGAGAAGGAGAAGGUCCUGGAGUACUUAAAACAACAAGUUUCCGGCCUUGGAUCAGCUGAAGGACAUCUUGCCGAGGUCAGAUUGGAACUAGAACAGGCUAGAAAUGACCUGAAACAUCUGGAAAAUGCGAAAAAUGAAGCUGAAGAAGCGAAAAAUGAAUUGAGAGAAGUCAAAAAGAGAGUGGAAGAGUAUGAAGGGAAGCUGAAAGAAACCGAAAAAGAAGUGGAAAAGCUAAGAGAUGGGGAAAUAAAGGUGAAAGAACUUGAAGAACGUCUAGAAAAGAUUCAAAAUGAGAAGAGUGAAGCUGAAAACAAGGUGAAAGCCCUCGAAAAUGAACUCAAAUUGAAGGAAGACGGGCUAAAAAUGAGAGAACAGGAAGAAGAAGAACUGCAAAGUAUAAAGAUUUCGUUCUCGGAAACUGAAAAUCGCCGGAUUCAACUGGAAAAUCAUAAAGAACAGGCCGAAAACAGGGUGAAGGCCCUCGAAAAUGAAGUGAAACUGGGCGAAGAAAGGAUAAAGUCCAUUGAAAAUGAACUUCUCAACACGCAACAAGAACUCACAGAGGUUCAGAAUGCCUUAAAACAUGCGAAUGAAGGGGCUGAUCGCCUGAAAAUUGUCGAAAAUGAAAAAAUUUCGGCCGAAACUGAACUCCGAGAUUUGAAAAAGAAGUUUGAAACAGUUGAAAAUGACCUCCAGGAGAAGAAUGAAGCCCUGAAACAGUUGAACAACCUCAAAGUGGAGCUUGAAGCAGUGGAGAGAGAAAAGAUUGAGCUGAAAGAAGAACUGGGAGCAGCCAAGAAAGCUCUCAAGGAUAAGAUGCAAGAAACAGAAGUCUUGCAAAAUGCUCAAGAAGAACUCGAAAAGAUCAAGGAAAGGUUGGAGAAGGUGGAAAAAGAGAAAAAAGACCAAGAAGAACAGCAGAAAGAGGUGAAAGAAAAGUACGAAGAAAUGGUGAAGAGCAAUAAGGACACGGUCCAACAAAAUGUGAAGCUACAAAGCCAGUUGCAAAGCGCCUAUCUCGAACUCGAUGAUCUCAGCAGAACCAAGGAAGAACUCAGCAGACAGAAUGAAAUAUUUGUUAGAGAACGGCAGGAAGGAUCGAAGGUAAGUCGAUUUAUAUUGUAGUAGGUUUAGAUGAAGGAUUGUCGAAAUUUUGAUCGGUUUUAGAGGUAUAUGGAUGAUUUUUUGGUUUUGUUAGAUGCUAUAGGGCCCUACGGAUCUACUACAGCCAAGCUUAAAGCAUGAAAAUUAAUUUAGAUAACAGAAUUUUCAAAAGUAUAAGGUUUAGUAGAUAUUGAUGAAGAAAAUGGAAAAUUUGAUUGGUUUUUAAAUUAAUAAUAAGAUUUAUGCAUAAGAUGAUGUAGAUUAAGAGUUAUUAAAACUUUUUUAACAGGUUUUGUCACCUGUAAAUUACUUUAAUCACUUGAAUUUUCAAAAAUUUAGAGUUUUAUUACCUAUUUUUUCCAGGAAUCCGAUGAUCUCCGAAUCCAAUUGGACCAGUCCCAAGAAUGCAUUGAUGAACUCAAACAACAGCUCAAUGAACUGCAAACCACCAACGCCGAACAUGAACAGCUGGCUUCGGAAGUGGAGAAAUUGGAAAAGAAAUUAGAGGAAGCCGAAAGUGCCAGGUCAAAGGCAGAAAAAGAAUUGGAAAAGCUGAAAUCGACGAAGUUGCAGGCUGAAAAUGAUGUUGCCACAUUCAAGAAUGAAGUACAAGUCAUGUAUGGAGUGGUGCAAAAAGAACAGGAGAAGACCGGACAACUGGAAAGGAAGGUCAAAGAAAUCGCGGAGAAAUUGAGAGAAGCGGAGGAAAAAUUGGCUGAAAAGGAGAAGGAAGGCGAGGAAAAUGGAUGGGAUGAUGAUGAACCAGACGGCCUGGUAAGAUUUGAGGAGAUUUGAGGGGGUUUAUAGUGUUUGCAGAGUCUAAAUUUUAAAUUUUUGAUAUCAGAUUGUCAUGGAUAAUAUAAAAUGUUUUGAGAUUUUUGGUUUUAUGAGCUGGUUAGGCCUUAGAAUAGCGUAUUAUUAUUUUAAAAGUAAUUGGAAACGACUUUGGAGAUUUUGAUUACUGUAAUUUUUUGUUUUUUCAGCUUCGAGAUGAAGUGGAAUCCCUCCGAAAACACAAUGAAACCCUGAAGCGGGAACUCCACGAAAGCCGAGAAUUGUUGGCCUGUGUGCGGCACGAUGGUCCUCCAUUGGAAUACGUCCAAAAUAUUGUCUUCAAGUACCUAACGACCAGAGAUAAUCUGGGGAAAGGAGCAGUGGUAAGUGAUGAUUAUUUUUGGAAGUUUAGGUAAUAAAAUCAGGCUUCGACUGCAUUAUUCGUAUUUUAAAACGUUCGAUUUGUCUUUGAGGAGAUUUUGGAUAGAAAAUUUUUACUGAUCUGUUGAUUUCUGGGGAGAAAUUUCUAAAUUUUACCUUGUUUUAGCCCCUGGUCCGAGUAAUCGCUGCCGCCACGGGGAUGAGCGACGCCCAAACCGCCGAAGUGAUCAGAAGCGAAGAGAAGAGGGUAACCCAACUCAAUUCGAUCCGAUCCGCCGUCGGUCUACACUAG